ACUGGACUCUGAAUUGCCUCCUCCCCCACUGCCCCCAAUUCCUAUGAGCUUUAAAGAUAAAGUGGCUGGAGACUUUGGGAUGGCUGAAGAACAGAUGGAUAUUGGCGAUGAUGAUAUUAUUAUCAAAUCAGGAACGAUUCCCUCAAUCCAAUUCUCUGAGAAAAUCAAGAAUGCUUUGUAUCGGCCCUGGCGUACGGCAGUGAUCAUCAAGCUCAUGGGUCGCCCCUUAGCCUACACUUUCCUGAGAGCUCGUCUUCUCCAGAAGUGGGCGCUCAAGGGCCCGAUGAGCCUUAUUGAUUUAGAUAACAACUAUUUCAUUGUUAAAUUUGUGUAUGAAGAAGAUAUGAGAUAUGUCCUCACCAGCGGUCCCUGGCAAAUAGCUGGUCAAUACGUGGUGACCCAAAAAUGGAAACCUGGAUUUAAUGCCCAGGAGGAAAAAAUCUCUCAUAUGACGGCUUGGGUGCGUAUCAAUGGCUUAAAUGUUGAAUACUUCCGCUAUGAUGUGUUGGAGAAAAUUGGGAAUCUGAUAGGGAAUACAAUCAAGGUGGAUGCCAACACGAUGAGCCAAGCCCGAGGUAAGUUUGCCAGAAUUUGCAUUGAACUUGACUUAAGUAAACCCCUCACCCCCUUUAUUGAGAUUGAAGGCCGUACAUUUGGAGUUGUUUAUGAAGGCAUUAACCUGGUCUGCUUUGAAUGUGGAUGUUAUGGCCAUGGAAGGGAUACCUGUCCUAUUAUUGUGCAAGCUAAACAGAAGAUAGCUGACUCUGUUGAAGGUAUGGAAGUGAGUAUUACGAAUAAAAAUGAUGAGCUACAAGUUGAUAGCCCUGCUACUCUGGCCGCUGAAAAUCCAGCUAAGAUACAUGGAGAAUGGAUGCUGAUGAAGACAAGGAAUUUUAAGAAGAAGAUCCUGAACGACUCAGGAAAGGGCGCUGAAAUUAGCAAGAGGAACCCAAAGAUUUCUAAUGAUAACAAUGGCUCUCGGUUUAAUGUCCUGAAUGAGGAAGGGAAAAUUGAUAAUGGAACAGUUAUGGAAGAGUUCCCCCCUGACAAAGCAACUGCUUCUAGCUCAAACAGGGCUAACAAAUCUGUGGCUAAGCCUGCAGUGAUCCCUGCUGGCAAAGCUACACCCCCUGGGAACAAAAGCCCAACCUCCUAUGGCUCCUCUCCCUGGGUUUUUAAAAAGCCUCUCAAGGAUAUUACAAACUCGACUGGAACGCUUGGGGGAAGGGAUAUUAAUAGGCUUGGUACUGGUUCGAAGAAACUUUGGAAAAAUAGAGGUGGUACUAAACCGCUGAAUUUCCCAGUUGUGGAAACUUUUGGCAUGCAAGUAAAUGGAGCUGAUUUGCAGGAUGAUGUUCGUGGAUCCUUCUCCUUCAAUGUUAAUGGGCCCCUCACCUGUGAUCCUUCCUUGGCUAAGGGUGGCACUCUGCUUGGACCUGAACCCCCUGAUGAUUACAACAUUGAGCCUGUUGUAGGGGAGACUGCAGAGAUGAGAGAUAUGUCUGAUGACAUGGAACAACAAAGUGAAUGCCUGGACCAAGGAGGUGUUUGGUUACUGUGGAAUGGGAACUCUGUGUCGCUCCAAGUUGUUGCCCACUCCAGCCAAUCUAUUACUGCUUUAGUGACUUUGGGGAAUCAGUGGUGGCUCCUAUCUGUGGUGUAUGCUAACCCCUGCCAGGGAAUUCGUGAGUCCUUGUGGAAAUAUUUUGAUGGCCUUGCCCGUGCCUCUCACCUGCCAUGGCUGGUCCUAGGUGACUUUAACGAUAUUGUAAGUGCGGUUGAAAAAUGUGGAGGCAACCUGGACCAGGGUGAUAGAAGCUUUAUUGAUUGGAUUGAUCGUAAUCAACUUGUGGAUUUGGGUUUCUCUGGUGCUAAAUUUACAUGGUGCAACAAGAGGAAUGCUGAGGGUAUCAUCUGGAAAAGGCUUGAUAGAGGUCUGUGCAACAUUAAAUGGCGGCUUUUAUUCCCAGAGGCUCAUCUAUCUCACCUGCCUAGAGUGAACUCUGACCACUGUCCUAUUCUGGUCUCCUUAGAUUCCAACCACUUUCCUGAGAGAAAUUGUACCCCUUUCAGAUUUCAAGCAAUGUGGAUGUCUCACCCUGACUUCCCUGACUUCAUUCAUGCUAAUUGGAAUACUGGAGAUGGCCAUGCCAGUCAAAAGUCUGCUCGCCUUAAAUCCUCUCUUAUUUCCUGGAACCGCCAAGUUUUUGGUUGUCUUUUCCAAAAUAAAAGACGGCUCCUGGCUCGGCUUGCUGGUAUCCAAAGGAAGCUGUGCUUGAGGCAUAACCCCUAUCUUUGUGACCUUGAAGCUGAGCUAACCAACAACUAUAACCUGAUUCUUGAACAAGAAGAGCUCUUCUGGCUUCAGAAAUCAAGAAAUACUUGGCUUAAAGAAGGUGAUAAGAAUUCUCGGUUCUUUCAUCUGUCCACAAUUAUCAGGAGGAGGAGAAAUAAAUUGGAAGGCCUUAACAAUGAUGCUGGGGUUUGGAUUUCUGACAAAACUGGCUUGAAGCAAAUUAUUGUCGAUUACUUUCAAGGGUUGAAUUGUGUUGUGUCUACUGAAGAGAUUAAAGAAAGCCUUUUCAACAUUGGUGGAUUAAAGACCCCUGGUCCAGAUGGUUUCCCUGCUAUUUUUUAUCAGAAAUUUUGGGAGGUUUGCUCUAAUGAUAUCAUCUCGUUUACCAAUGAGUGCUUCCAAACUGCCACCCUUCCUGAGCACAUAAAUGAAACUCUUAUUGCCUUGGUCCCUAAAGUGGAGAGACCUGUCUCCAUGACACAACUUAGGCCUAUCAGUCUCUGCAACACACUCUAUAAAGUGGUCUCUAAAAUCCUUGUGGCUAGGCUUCGCCCUUGUAUGACUAAGCUUGUUAGUCCAAAUCAAGUUAGCUUCGUCCCAGGAAGACAGAUUACAGAUAACAUUGUUAUUGCUCAAGAGGUGCUGCAUAAAUUCAAAAUGGCUAAAGGAAAAAAAGGGUUUAUUGCUUGGAAAAUUGAUCUAUCUAAAGCUUAUGAUAGGUUGCAUUGGCACUUUAUUCGGGAGGUGUUGUGGGAGGUGGGAAUUAAUAUCUUAAGAUUCUAUUAUUUAUGGCUCAUUCAGCAAAAAACUCAUGAUAGGUCCUGGAAACCGGUCCAAAUCUGCCAAGGAGGACCAAAGAUUUCCCACCUCUUUUUUGCGGAUGACCUUAUCCUUUUUGGGGAAGCGUCCAUCCAUCAAGCUCACUUGAUGAAACGUUGUCUGGAUGAUUUCUGUCAACUUUCUGGCCAAAAAGUUAGCUUCGAUAAAUCUAGGAUAUGUGUCUCCCCAAACAUCUGCUCUGACUUGGCCAACUCUAUUGCUACCAUAAGUGGCUCCCCCUACAGCUCUAACCUUGGAAAGUACCUUGGUGUCCCUCUUAUUCACACUAGGGUGGACAAAACAACUUAUCAAGAGGUCAUUGCUAAAGUGCAAAAAAGGUUAGCUUCGUGGAAACAUCACACCCUCUCUAUGGCUGGUAGAAUCACUCUUCUUCAAUCUGUGACUGCUGCUAUCCCUCUGUAUACCAUGCAAACUGUCAAACUGCCUAUUUCUGUCUGUGAUAGGCUUGAUCAGUUGAACAGAAACUUUCUUUGGGGGCACACUGCGGACAAAGCCACAACUCAUUUAGUGAAUUGGGAAACUUCCUGCAAACCCAAGGCAGCUGGUGGAUUGGGCAUUAAGAAUAUGGCUUGGAUGAACCAAGCUCUCUUGGCAAAAUCCGGUUGGAGACUCCUUCAACAAGAGCAAGGGCUAUGGGCUGAGGUUUUUAAAGCUAAAUAUUUAAAGCAGAGUGACAUCUUAACUGCUAAGGCAUCUAAUUCCCAUUGUUGUUCAAGUGCUUGGAGGGGAGUCUUAUAUGGUAUUGCUCCUCUUUCUAAAGGCCUCAAGUGGAGAGUGGGUUCUGGGGAUAAUGUGAGAUUUUGGACAGACAACUGGCUUAGCUGUGGCCCCCUCCAACAACAUGCUCUCUUUGAUCUGACUGAAGAUAUGCUCCAGUUGAAU